UGAGGUCUGUGGAACGCUGGCAACUAGGAACUGCGGGUUUUGAACGGCUCUCAAAUUAAGUUACUUCAUGGGGCCGUUAUGCAGAAUUAACUUUCAUGACGUGCAGAAGUGGAGACAGUGUUUGGGGUGCGCUGGAUGCUUACAUUUUAUUCAAAAUAUCUGUCAAGACAUUGUUUCAAGCGGUGAUCACUGAAGACUUGCGUUAUGAGGACACCUAACAUUUGGAGCGGGCACACAUAGCUCGAGAAAGCGAAGGAGAAGACAUGCAUUUCUGGGCAGCCUAAUAACAUUGACAGUUUUCUAAAUGCGUCCAAUUUUCGAGCAGCCAGGAACAAUGAGCAGUGGUUCUAACAACUUUCUGCUCGUUCCUAUACCGGAGUACCCUGUAUUAGACUGCGUUCCCAACAAAAACGUUAAAAUAGUCGUUCUUGGGGCAAGCAACGUCGGAAAAACAGCUCUGAUUGUAAGAUUCCUUACCAAGAGAUUCAUAGGAGACUAUGAAGCCAACACAGGAGCCUUAUACUCAAGGAAGAUUCAUUUGGAUGGGGAGCAAGUUUCUUUACAAGUGCAGGACACCCCAUGUGUCUCAAUACAGGAUGAUGCAGAGGGUCUUUAUUGUCAAGAGCAGAUCAACCGCUCCAUUUACUGGGCAGAUGGGUAUGUGCUUGUCUUUUCCAUCACUGACCUCAAAAGCUACCACACCAUCCAGCCACUCUACCAACAUGUUCGUCGAAUCCACCCCAGUGGCAACAUCCCUGUCAUCAUUGUGGGCAACAAAAGCGACUUGCUGCGUGCCCGGCAGGUCCCGGAUAACGAGGGUAAGGCGCUUGCUGAUGAAUUGGGAGGGCUAUACUUUGUGGCUUCGGCCAGGGAGAACUAUGAGAGUGUCCAGGCUGCUUUUCUGCAUCUAUGUCAGGAGGUGAGCCAAACACUGGGAGGAGGAAAUGGGGAGAAGAGGAAAGGAGGACUACACCUUGCCAGACCAAAGAGCCCGAACAUGCAAGAGUUGAAGAGAAGGUUCCGGCAAGUUCUGUCAUCCAAAGUGAAAUCAGCUACUGCAUUAUGAUGAUGAUUAUGAUAAAUGUGACUGCAGAGAAUUCACAAAGUUUUCAGAAUAACAACUUGCUGUUGCAAAAGUGUUUAAUAUUGUGAAACACAAGGAAUAACAGUAAAACUCACCAGAUGUUUUUCCAAGUAUUCAUACAAGUUGCAUGGUGAGAUUCACUCUCUCUGGGAGACUGUGGCACAUGGGACUCCUAGUUAUAAAAUCAUUAAAGGACUGGUUUUGAUGAUCUGUUUCAGCUGCUAUUAUUCGUGCAUUUUCCCCCUUGUUUUCCAGGGAUAUUAUUCAUUUCUUUAGUAACAUGAUUAUAUGUUGACUGCUAAUCUUUUAGUGAGAAUUUAAAAAUGAGAUUGGUACUACUACAUAUUUUGUCUUAGCCCACUACUGUAUAUCAGUUUAACGUAAAGCAAGAAUGAACAGCAUUUUUCAUUGAAUAAGGCUGUUUAUUACAUUGAAAACAGCAAAAUAAAACAAACCAUUUAGUUGUAGGGCCAUUUAUUUGACAAAAAUCAACAGCAGUCAUUCCUACAAGGUUCUCAUGAUGCUUGAACAGUUUGCUAAAUGUUAUUUCAGGAUAGUCCCAAAACUUCAACUGACAGUGGGAGACAUUAUCCAGCUAUGUUUUUUAUAAUCAUAUCAGAGGAAGAGGUUGUCAAAUGGUGGUUCCCAUGACCUUUGACCUACUUACACUGUGUCAAGGCUUUAAGCGUGCUGUGUUGUUUUUGUAGAGUGUUUCCUUUGCUUGUUCUUUCCAGAUGUCCCACUCAGCCAUUCAAAUGGACACUUAUUUAUCCCUCAGGACAGAUGAAGUUGCAUUCCUUUGCAGCAGGUUGUGGAGUCCUGGACUGAACUAUUGGUUAUCCACUAAGUGACCUUUCACCAUUUAUGAAUACUUUUCUUCCCGUCACCUAAUGGCCUAAUGAAAGAAUAGCAGUAUCAGAAUGGGAUCAGCCUUUUCCACUCACCCACAGUGAGAUACUUUGACAAAGUAAACGGCAGAUUUGUGGUAAGAUGAAUAUGUUGUGUUGAUUUAACUUCUUUCACAAUAAGCAUGGCUUGGUCUGUUUUCUCUCUUGCUCUCCUUCUCGUAAUUUUACAUAAACCCACAACUUAUAAUAUGUCUUGUGUCAACAUCCCACUGACAACUGACCCCCAUUAUUUUAACUGAAAUUUCCUCAUAUAAUUUUCAAAUAUUUGAAACUAGAGAACGGCUCAGUUCUCAGAACAUGUUGGCCUAAUGCCAGUGUUAGAACUUCAUAAAACCAUUACCAAAACCAGCUUGUGAUAAGCAUUAGUUCAAAUGUAAGCCAGCUGUGGGUGUCUCUGAGGCUUAACUGUUCCACGUUAAUAGUAGUUUCACUUAAUCCUUUGCAGAAAACAUAUCAUUGUAAAAGAACAGUUCUUAAAAAUCACUCGUAUUUACACUAUACUUAAAAAAAAAAAAGUAUUAAAAAAAAUAGUAAAUUGGAUCUUAGGCUCACUUGGCUUGAAUUUGAUGGAAGAACACAGACUCAUAUAUGUGGACAUACACUGUUACAAGAGAAUGUGCAAAUACACACAUUGAAAUAAUAGAUGUAUGCUAUUCCUCUAAAAAUAUUUUCUCAUCAGAUAUAAGCAUUUAAGCACUAUGACAGCAUAAGUGCAGGGCCAUUCCAAGUCUGGGCAGGGCCCUGGUCAAAUUAGAAUGCAGAUCCCCCUCUGUAUCACUGUUUACACCUCUCUAACGACUGCCCUACGUAAGUGCUGCACUUUCAUGUAGGAUUUGGGGGAAAUACUUUGCAUUGUAACACUAUAAUUUAUUUUAAUAGAUGUAGAGAAAAUGAAAAUGCAUAAGUACUUGCUAUCUGGUCUGACCUUAACAUUUGGGUACAGUUCAAAAAUUCGGAGUGAUCUGAUGCUUUUGUCGAUUAGAUCACAAGCCCGAAUCAGUGGCUUCUCCCCUCUAGUUUGUACAGAACAGAUUUAAUAAACCAUCUUCUGGCAUUAUGAUUAUGAAUGGCUUCCUGUGCUCUGUUGUGUUCUGAUAAAAUGAGAAAGACUGCAGGACUUCUUAUUUCAUAAGGAGUAUGAGUUAGUGUUUGUGCUGAUUCGUUUAUUUGGGAGUGCUGGUCAAGGAAGUUUGAAUUCUCAGCAGAGUGUUAUUAGAUGAGAAACAGCUGUGAUGUGAAUCAGUAAUGAGAUACUUUUUUUCUACUUCUGUGUUCAUUAUGUUAUCACCGCCACAGGA